UUUUAGUGAAGGAAAAGGAGGAUGCACAUGCUGAUCCAGAAAUACAACCUAUGAAGGAAGAUGAUGGAACAUUUGGUGAAUACAGGUCUCUUGAAAGUGAUGCGGAGGACCAUAAACCUCUAAAAAAAGGAAGCCGGACACCUUCAGACAGAACUGUGAAAAAAGAAGACAGUGAUGAUAGUUUAGUUGACUAUGGAGAAGGUGUCAAUGGUCAGUUCAAUGAGGAUGGCUCCUUUAUUGGACAAUAUAGCGGUAAAAAAGAGAAAGAACCUGCCGAAGGAAAUGAAAGCUCUGAGGCUCCUUCUCCUGUAAAUGCCAUGAAUUCAUUUGUGUAACCACAGAACUUGAUCCGCUUGUAUCUUCAGUUUGUUUAAAGCACUUGUGCAUCCUCCUUCUCGUACUAUGAACAUGCAGGUAAUGGAGCUCCUCACCGCAAGACGUUUAUGCUAUGAGAAUAUGCAGGUCAAUACAAUUAUACAGCAUAAUGACACAUUAAGUGGUAUGUUAGUAUGAAUCAAAAUACAAAAUUCAAAUUUUUUUGAAAACUUGGGUAUUUUUACUUUUUUUUUUUUUUAGAAGGAACUGACACAAACAAUAACAUCGAUUUAUAAUUUUGUUUCCUGUUGAAA